AUGGAUGUUUCAUCUUCUGAAAACCUUCCAAGAGCCGAACCAAGCUUAGAAGAGAGCAUCAAGUUCUGCUUUAACAAGUCCCAUCUCGAUGCCCGGAACUCGAUCGCUAAAAAGCUCAUCAAACGAUUUCAAGAGUCGAGCUCUGAAGAGAAACUCGAGUUCUGCCAGAAUGUGCCAAAGAUUUUGAACUCGAAAAGCGAGGAAAUUGAGAUAAUCUAUGAUUGGACCAGGACCUCAGUGGCCAACAAUGCUCUCGUCGAAUCGCAAGAGCUGAACAAAAUAUUCGAAGCCCUCAUAGCCGACGAUUUCCGUAAUCAGGCAAAAGAGCUGAUCGCUGCAUACCUCUUUUCGAUCAACUACGAGAAGUUGGAUUGUUCGUUAUGGAAAAACUAUCGU